UGUGUCCGCACCUCACUGGAAGAGUGAGUGGCGACACUUGUUUAUGAUCGUUUGCAUGAACUGUAAAUCUGAUCUCUUGUUACAAUCCAAGCACUCUAUCGAUCUAACAAAAAUGAAAAAAACCCAAUUCCCAAUAUCAUAAAUCAAAUCUCGGGGGAACAACAAACAAAGGAACAGAAACCCCCCAUCCAUCUCUAUGUAUCCAUCUAUCUUUGCUUUUCUUUUCUGGGAAAAUCUUACUUUCUCGAGAAUCAAUCAAUCAUGAGGUGGGAGAAGCUGCAGAGCAACCAAGAAAAGGGUCCGACUCCGACGCCUGGGCCCGGAAAGAGAUGGGGACACAGCUGCAACGCCAUUCGAGGGGGAAGUCUCCUCUACGUUUUUGGCGGUCAUACCAACGACAGCUCCCAGACCAACCAACUUCACAUCUUUCACACCGCUACAAGAACAUGGAGUGAGCCUGUAGUAAAAGGCACUCCACCAGCGCCAAGGGACAGUCAUAGCUGUACUGCAGUUGGAGAUAAUCUGUUUGUGUUUGGGGGUACAGAUGGAACAAACCCACUUAACGAUUUGCAAAUUUUAGAUACAUCUACAAAUACAUGGAGCUCGCCUAUUGUAAGAGGCGAGAUGCCAGAGGCAAGGGAAAGCCAUAGUGCUGCCCUUAUUGGCAAAUGGGUUUUCAUAUUUGGUGGGUCUGGCAAAUCUUCAAAUACUUCUGAUGAAGAGUUCUAUGGUGAUGUCUAUAUUUUGGAUACAGAGACUUAUGCAUGGAUAAAGCCUGUAACAUUAGGCACUCCCCCAGCUAAGCGCAGUAGCCACACUUGUUCAUCUUGGAAGAACCAAAUCAUUGUAAUUGGUGGGGAAGAUUCAUAUGGUCAUUAUUUCUCUGAUGUUCAUAUCCUUGAUGCAGAUACUCUUGGGUGGAGGAAGCUGAACACUUCGGGGGAAAUCUUGCCACCUCAAGCUGGGCAUACAACUGUUUCCUUGGGCACGAAGUUGUUUGUCUUUGGGGGCUUCUCUGACUCAACCCUACAAAAUGACAUUUACAUGCUUGAUGUUGAUACUGGUGUAUGGACCAAGGUGAUGACUGUAGGUGAGAGGCCUUCACCCAGAUUUUCAGUGGCUGGAGAUAGUUUGGAUCCAGAAAAAAGUGAUGCUCUUGUUUUUCUUGGUGGCUGCAAUAAGAACCUUGAUGCAUUAGAUGACAUGUAUUACUUGCAUACAGGAACUGAAAGGGAAAAUGACCGAGAUGAACAACAUGUGGGGAAGUUAUCCUUGACGAAGCAGCUGAAGAUCAAGUGCAAAGAAAAAAAAUUGUUUGCUAAUCCUGCAAAUGCUGAUUGCUAUCAGCCAACGCCAAUGCCAAGUAUACCUGAUACUAGUUUGAGGGAAGACCAUACUCCCCAGAAAAGGACAUUUCAUGCCAUGAUCACAAAUAGCUUCCCUAUUGGUUAUGCAAUUGAGACUAUAAUUGAUGGAAAACUCCUCCGUGGGGUAGUAUUUUCCGAUGCAUCGAGCUCUAACCAUGCCAAUGAUAACUCUAAGAGGAAAAAAGUAGCUUUGGAAAUCAACCCUGUUAACCUGAAUGGUAACGAGAAACAGAGCUCAGAAACUGCAAGACCUGGCAUGAAGGAUAAAGUAGAUGAAAAGCCAGCAGAUGUUACUGGAACAAACAGGGAAGCUGCUGCUGUUUCUUCUAUGGGGAGUCUGGCACCUUCUGAUAUGUUUCUCCACUCUGAGGACAGGUCUUCGGGGAAGAUGAUUGGAAGUGCUGAGGAGAAGGAUGGUCUCUACUGCCUUUCAAUAACCGCAGCAGGUUCCUGGAAACUUGAGCUCUUCUUCAACGGCAGGCCGUGAAAAUGUGGAAGACAAGGAGAAUGGCAGCAGCCAAGUCCCAGAAAGAGGAUGAUGAUACGUGUGUUGUAGCAGGAGGCAACGACUGUGUUGACGUCGGUGCCAGUACUAUACCCCUGAUCUGAAAACCUAUAUAGACAAACAAAAGGAAACACCUCUAGUCUCUUUUGUAUGUCCUAGAUAGUCAGUCAGUCACACAGUAGGUAAAAAAAAAAAAAAAAUAGAGAUACAGAAGGUGGGUCUACAUAUCGUCCUUCAGCUAGCCAAAGCACAUACAUGUGUAGUAGAAUGAAUGUGAUAUACCCUGCAAACAACAAGCAUAACCCGACUGAAGAUUUCUUAUCGAUCCUUUGAAAUGAAGCAUGAAGAGCACUUGUGGUGCAUAAUUGAACAAGGCAAUGACCGAGGGACCACCACUGGGUCAUGAAAGACCAAGAGCCAUGAAGAUGGUCCAUUUGUGAGCAAAAAAACAAAGUAAAUUUAAAGCGGUGAUGAAUAUGAAUAUGCAUAGAUCAUAGUGUACUUAAAGCGGUGAACUUUCUGGGAUUUUGGAGCUUCACUCAUUCAUGAUUGUUGCUGCCUUCAAUUUAAUUUUAAAAUGUAAGAUUGUAAGUAUAAGUCUGUAACUUAGAAUGAAUAAACGUCCGCAUACAACAUAUUAGAAAUUCAAGUUGGGAAAAGGCGGUUUGUGA